AUGGCUGCCAAUGGAUCCUCCGACUCGUUCGCCCCAGACACGAUUCUGGCGGCCAUGACGACCAUGCGCGGGGGAGAGCCCGAUAAGAAGAAGGUUGCGAUGGACUACCUGACCAAGUUCCAGAAAUCGAAAGAUGCCUGGACGACGACCCUCACGAUCCUACAGUCCAACGCCGAAGCCGAGGCCAUGUUGUUCGCAGCAACAACACUAAAGGGAAAGAUUACAUAUGAUCUUAUAACACAAGUCCCGGAGGGCGACCUGCCUGCCCUUCGCGAUCAAGUUCUCUUGCUCCUCAAGAAGUUUGCGGUGGGACCCAAACCAGUUCGGGUGCAGCUCUGUGUCUGCUUGGCAAUUCUGGCGAUACAGAUGAGGUCUUGGAAGGACGUUCUGCCCACUGUUGUGUCCGCCCUUGGAAGCGAUGUCCAGAGCGCUGGAGCUAUCCUCGACUUUCUCCGAGUUCUCCCCGAAGAGGUGACCGAAGGCCGUAAAAUUAACCUCUCUGAAGAUGAGCUCACUGAGAGAACCACUGAGCUCCUGGCCGACAAUGCGGAGCAAGUCGUCAACAUCUUUGUCAAUUACGCCCAGUCAUCAGGCGACGCUGCUCACAACCCGCAGCUGAUGGAAUGCAUAACUUCGUGGCUGCGCGAAAUACCCAUCGACGCCAUUGGAAAGUCACCGCUUCUCAACAUUGUAAUCAACGGUUUGGACGAUGAUAACUGUCUGGAAGCCGCCGCGGAGUGUCUUGCUGCAAUCUGCCGAGAGACAAGGGACGUGGACGAUAACAUCGAGAUGAUCCAAGUCCUCCUGCCACGGAUCAUCGAACUGCGGCCGCGGAUGCAGAAAGCUGCCGAGGAAGAGGACACAGAAGCUUUCAAAGCUCUGACCCGUGUCUUUGCGGAGACCGGGGAUUCAUGGGUUGUCAUAAUUGCUCGUGAACCAACCCAUUUCCGGCCUCUUGUCGACAUCAUCUUAGAAUGCGCCGCGAGAGACAAGGACAGGGACGUUAUCGAGCACACCUUCAACUUCUGGUAUGAGCUUAAGCAGAUGAUUGUCAUGGAACGGUAUGUCGAGGCCAGGAUGCAUCUGUACGAUGUCUACGCCAAGUUGGUGGACAUUCUUCUGAAGCAUCUCGAGUACCCCACAUCUGAGAACGGGAACGAGCUUGACCUUUUCGACGGUGACCGUGAACAGGAAGAGAAGUUCCGGGAAUUCCGUCACCAUAUGGGCGACACACUCAAGGACUCCUGCCAGGUGUUAGGUGUCGCUGACUGCUUGACUAAAGUUCUGGACGCCAUCAAGGUUUGGAUGCAGAAGUAUGCGAGCGAAGCUACUGCGACAUCAGUGCCACACUGGCAAGAACUUGAGGCUCCAGUCUUCGCUAUGCGGGCUCUCGGACGGAUGGUUGAGAAGGAUGAAAACACUGUCUUGCCACAGUUGAUGCCCUUGCUGGUGCAGAUGCCAAGCCACGAGAAGCUGCGUUUUGCCACCAUUAUGGUCUUCGGGCGUUACACUGAGUGGACAGCAGAACAUCCUGAAUUCCUGCAACCUCAAUUCAAUUACAUCGUCACCUCGUUCCAGGCGGAUUCCAAGGAGGUUGUCCGAGCUGCCGCUCAGGCCAUCAAGUUUUUCUGUCAGGACUGCAAGAGCCUGCUGAGUGACCAGGUCGUUCAGAUGCAGUCGUUCUACGACCAAAUACUCGACAAGCUCCCUGCAGUGAGCCAAGAAGAAAUGACGGAAGGAGUCGCCAGUGUUGUUGGCGUUCAAAAGCCGGAAGAGGUCUACAGGCUUCUGAAGUUAUACUGCGACCCACUGGUGAACCGACUGAUGGUGAAAGCCAACCAUGCCUCGGAUGAAGCGGGAAGAUUGGCAAUAGCUGACCACGUGCAACUCCUGACGCUGUUCGUCCAAAAUGUGGUUCCCCUGGUGGACUUCGGACAGGAGGACCCCGCUGUCAAAUACUGGCAAGAGGUUUUCCCAAUUCUGUCUACCGUUCUGGACAACUUCUCCGGAUUUUCGCCCAUUUGCGAGAGAAUCUGCAGGUGUUGGCGCAACAUGGUCAUCUCGUACCGCACCGGCAUUACACCUCUGCUGCCUCAGCUAGCCAAUAAGCUUGCGGAUGGUUUCACAAAGACUAAGCAAGGCGCUUUCCUGUGGGCAACGGGCGCCAUCCUCAGGGAAUUUUCUGAGGAUCGCGAGCAUGUUGAUGACGCCAUUACCCAGAACAUUUAUCAAUUCUUCGAAUCUCAGGCGACGAGCGUACUAAGGGUCAUGAGCGACAUUCCUCCAGCGGAGUUGCCCGAUAUCAUUGAGGACUUUUUCCGUCUGUUGACCGAUGCACUGCUUUAUUACCCUCACAAGCUGAUCUUCUCACCACUCCUCGCCCCCAUCUUUCAAGCCGCCAUCUCAUCUUUGGCAUUGGAGCAGCGCGAUCCUUUGUCAGCGACAUUACAUUUCCUGCGGGAUCUGCUUACUUAUGGUGGAAGCAACCCGGCGUCAACCAUGCAACUCGGGCCUACUUCUGAACAGAUUCAAGCUACUGUCAAACAGCUUCUCGUGGCGCACGGCGAACCAUUGGUCAAGGCGAUCCUGGCAGGCAUGAUGAUCACAUUUCCCCGGGAUUGUUUUGCUGACGGGAGUGGCGUGCUCCUCGAGCUCUUCGACAUGCUGCCUUCCCAAACUACGGCAUGGGUGGAGCGGACGAUCAAAAUGCUGCCUGAGGGCACAGUCAGCCCAAUCGAGGCGAACAGGCUCAUCGUGAAAAUCAAGGAGAGGCUAUCCGAAAAUGAUGCUGGAGGGCUGAGGCAGGUAAGGGUGCUGCUGCAGGACUUCACUAACACGUACCGGCGGCGGUAUGUAGCCCCGCGAGACGGGUUGGGGCAGCUGGAGGGAGCUCGCUUCCACUAUGAAGGGUAG